GCUAGGCGAAAAGGAUUUACUUUGCACACACAACCAUGGCGAGGGGGAUUUCUGUCGUAACGUUCCUUUUGGUGAUAUUUCACCUAGUUUUUGCUCAAGAAUGCCCUAGUGGAACGCCAGAUGGAUGUCAAUGUCAAAAUCGUAUUUUCAAUUGCUCCGGAUUGAAUCUUAACACCAUUCCAGCAGUAUCCCUCCAAAACUUCGACGUCUUUGAUUUUUCUUACAAUAGCCUUCAGGAAAUACCAUCAAACACAUUUACAAAUGAACCUUUGCAAAGAAUAAUUUUAAAGAACAAUUUAAUCACAAUGAUUCAGCCUGGGGCAUUUGAUGAUCUCAAUCAGUUAACAUCAAUAAACUUUGAGCAGAACAGUCUUUCCACCCUCGAUCAGACUGGUUUCAAUUUGGUGUCUGGUCUAACUGAGCUGUUGUUGAAUGGUAAUCCAUUUGAUUGUAGUAAUGCAGCGAAUGCUUGGUUAAAAGGUUGGUUGGCAUCAUCGAGUGAUAGCCCUGUUCUCACUGGUGAAUGCUCAGGUACUCCUGGAACAAUAUUUGAAGCUAUAGAUGCAUUAGCAGAGCCGGCCUCUGCCUUGUUUUCGUUUGAACAACUUGAUUACAGAGUAGCAGAGGAUGCUGGGGUUGCAGAAGUUGUGGUUACUAGAACUGGUAUAGUGGGGACAAUCGUGCAGUUCGAUGUGACAGUUACCAGUGGCACAGCAUUAGAAGGACAGGAUUUUGCCCCUACCGCAGGUAGCACACACACCAUGCUAGAGGGUCAAACCAGAGUGGGUAUUGAUAUCCUCCUCAUUGAUGACCCUAUCAUAGAGACUGAUGAAUCCUUCACGGUAUCCAUAACUAUCGAGUCGCGUGGAGAAGCUAACAUGGGAACCAUCGUAGAUGGCACCACACGAGUUACCAUACAGGAUAAUGAUAGUCCAGUUCCAACCAUGAUGUCAACGACAGCUUCAACAAUCCAUAGUCCCACAGCAUCUACCCGGGCUGAAGAUGAAACUACUAACCCGGUGGCAAUGAUGACUACAGCCGGUCAAUCACCACAACCUACUACCAACGCAGUCAAUGUAGCAGCCAUAGUAGUUCCCAUAAUACUGAUCACCGUGAUUGUGGCAGUCAUAGCAGGGUAUCUCUGGUAUCGUCAAACCAGGACGAUCAAUAAAGCGACUACUGCUGGGGUACGUUACGCUGCUGUGCAGAAUAGAGGCAAAGUAUACAGUGAUGUGACUGCCAAGGCAUGAUGUUUGGCUGUGCAUGUUUCAUGCUGCCUUCUUUUCAAAGCUGCCAAUAAUUUAUGAUGCAAAAUGAUUUUUUUUAUGAAAAUACAACUACAAAAAUGUAUAUAUUGUGUCCAAUAGUAUUGUCAUCAUGCGUUUUAUUUAUAUAUACAAGUGGAUUCUUAUAACAAUCUUUUUCUGUUAUUGAAGUCUUGUUUGUAGGAGAUUGGUUUCAAAUAAGAAAGUGGUGUUCUCUAGCAUUAACUUGAAUACAAACAGAUCCUUUACGAGCAGUAAGUGGUUAGAGCAGUGGACUGCUCUAAUCUCAAGGUUGUGAGUUUGAAUCCCAACUCUGCCAUUUU